AUGGGUCCUCUUCCUGGUGAGACGGCCAUCUCGGCCAAGCGCGCCGAGCUCGCGGGCAAAGGUGGAAUCUGGGGACUACUCAGUAAUAAGAAGACUUCUUUGAUUGGAUUGUUCGCAUCGCUGGGUGGUUUGGUUUAUGGAUACAACCAGGGAAUGUUCGCACAGGUCUUGGCUAUGAAAUCUUUUCAGGAUGCCACGGAUGGAUAUGCCGCCACAACUAGUAUCCAGCAGGGUAUGUUGACGUCGAUUCUCGAACUCGGUGCGUGGGUGGGAACACUUGCCAAUGGAUAUUUGGCCGAUAAACUCGGUCGCCGGUUGACCGUCUUGGUUGCUGUGAUUGUUUUCUGCGUUGGUGUGAUUGUGCAAGCAUGUACACAGAAUAAAGAUUUUGUUUUUGCGGGUCGUUUCGUCACAGGUUUGGGUGUUGGUAGUUUGAGUAUGGUUGUGCCGCUGUACAACGCUGAGUUGGCACCUCCAGAAAUCCGUGGAUCGCUUGUCGCCGUGCAACAACUGGCCAUCACAUUUGGUAUCAUGGUAUCUUUCUGGAUCGGAUACGGAACGAACUAUAUCGGCGGCACAGGGGACGGUCAGUCCAGGGCUGCUUGGUUGAUUCCUAUCUGCAUUCAGAUUCUACCAGCCGUCGUCCUGGCAAUUGGCAUGAUGCUCUUCAUGCCCCAAUCACCCCGUCAUCUGAUGAACACCGGUCGUGAGGAGGAGUGCCUACAGACUCUGGCUCGUCUGCGCGGAACCACAACCGAUGACUUGCUGGUACGGAUCGAGCACCUGGAAAUCAAAAGUUUAUACCUCUUUGAGAGAGAAACUGCCGCGGAGAAGUACCCGCAUUUGCAGGACGGAUCAUUCUCAAGCAACUUCAAGAUGGGUCUCAAUGACUACAUGUCGCUGAUCACGAACAAAUCCUUGUUCAAGCGAACAUCUGUGGCUUGUAUGAUCAUGGUUUUCCAGCAAUGGAACGGUAUCAACGCUAUCAACUACUACGCCCCAUUUAUCUUCAAAGAUAUGCAGCUUCCCGGAAAUACUACCACUCUCCUAGCGACCGGCGUGGUCGGCAUUGUCGAGUUCCUCUUCACCAUCCCUGCCGUCCUAUGGGUGGACCAAAUUGGUCGCAAGAAGAUCCUCAUUGCUGGUGCCGCGGGAAUGGCUAUCUGUCACUUCAUCGUUGCGGGUAUUAUUGGAGGGUUCGAGAACAGGUGGCUGGAGCACCAAGGUGCCGGAUGGACAGCCAUCGUGUUUGUGUGGAUCUUUGUGAUCAACUUCGCUUAUUCUUGGGGACCCGUCGCAUGGAUUGUGGUAUCAGAGGUGUUCCCAUUGAGCAUGCGUGCUAAGGGUGUUAGUAUCGGUGGUAGCAGUAACUGGUUGAACAAUUUUGCGGUCGCUACCGCCACUUCUCCCUUCGUCAAGGCUUCCACCCUCGGUACAUUCAUCUUCUUUGGAUGCGUCACCACUGUCGGUAUUUUCUAUGUCAUCUUCUUCGUCCCCGAGACUAGGGGCCGUACCCUGGAAGAGAUGGACGAGUUAUUCGGUACAACAGGAAUGGCUGCAGCAGACGCUGAGCGCAAACACCGCAUUGAAAGUGAAAUCGGCCUACUUGCCCUUGUUGGUGUCGAGACUCAAGAGUCCGAAAAGGAGGCCGCCUUACACAGUGAGAAGGUUUUUGAAACUACUGAAGCACCUACCACACAGUAG